CGUCCUAUUAAAAGAAGGCACAAACCUAACUGGAUGUUCAGAGUGAGAUAGCUCGUUCAUCAGAGUAAUAGCACUAUGGCUUCAUUUAAUCGACACACAGGUCAUGUUACAAUUGCAUUUCUUCUUGUAGCUUUUGCCAUCGGAUCCUCUUCGGGUCAAAGUUUGGUCAACUUAAUUAAUAAACAAAAUAGAAAAUCAGCCUCAACUCCAGCACACCUAGCGGGAAUACAUCAGAACGAGACUUCACCUUUGGUCCAACAUUCUACUAAUAUCCCAUCACCUGAGAAUCAAUCAUCGGAUUCGACAGCAGAAACGACUGAAUCAGAAAGGGUGGAGACAUUUUCGAAUAAUUAUCGUUCUGGAGAUAGCACUUUUCCUCCAACGAAAUCUACGCCGGAAUAUGCACAUCAACAAGAAGUAUUAACAUCGCAACCAGGAACUGAGGGGAACGCGUCAAGCGAAUCCGAGAAAUCCGAUUCAAUUUUGGCUACUUCAACUCCAAUUCCAGCCUUGUCUGAUAAAGUGCCAGAAGAAUCUAUCGGGUCUAAAAGAGACGGAAACGGAAUCGCGGAAGACUUGCUCAUUCCAGUUCCUCGAAGCAUUUUUGUUCUAGCCAAUCUUAUGAAAAUAUCCAUACAAAGUCUCGACACAGCUUUUCGAGGAACUGUAAGAAAUCAGUUGCCCAUUCUCCGAUACGGACACAGCUUCCGCACCACUAUGCUAAAAAUAUCCCAAAAACUGAGCAAUGCUUUCUCAGUCUCCAGUACCAACGCAGACAAGAUUAAAAUGCUUUGUCUCUUUGUUCCCCGCAGAGUAAAAGACGCUAAAAAGUUUUUGGGGAAAAUGGGAAAUUUUAGCGAGAUGGUCGACUAUUUAUACUUGCCGUUGAGGAACUUGAAAGAGACAACCGACCAGACCUUUAAUCUCUCCAGUCAAAUAGACAGUCAGUUUGGUGAGUUGGUCCAGUUAGUCGAUGAGGUUAGUAUGGUUCAAAUUUCGUCUAAGUUAAAUAAUGAACAGCGAAUAAAGAAUGUCUCCACUGAGCUAAAUUUGGAAAAACCUAAGAAGAAGGCAAUGGAGCUCGAGAUCAUUGCCAUUGAAAAGGACAUUAAGGAUUUGAAAGGGCAACAAUUGUUAGACGAGGCAGCAUUUAAUAGAGCGUUGAAUAGCUUAAAACUUUUGCAAACUAGAGAAGCUGACGAAUCUACAUCUUGUUUGAAAUAUAAGCCUCUUUCCAAAAUUCAUCAAGUCUGUGAAACAGCAAAAAGAGAACAACAAAAUUUUGAAAAAACGUUGAAAUUACUUCAUGAGAAAGAAUUGGAAGCAGCGAAGAAAAGAGAGGAUGAUAAUGAGUUGUUGAUCAGAAUAGAAAGAUUGAGUUACGAAAUGCGCCAACUUAGUGAAGAUAUGCAGCUGCUUAAUAAAACUACCGCCCCGCUCAGUCGGCUGAAGAAGAAUGUAACAGAAGUGGCCGAGAAAUGGAACAAUUUUGCCACCAUCUGCGGAAGCAUUCAAUCUGGUGCCGCGGAGAGCCUCGAAAUUGUUGAAGAAGCAAAUCGUACCUCUACAGUUUGGAGCAACCAACUUUCCGAAAAAAUUUCGUUCAACUUGAACAAGACAAAGGAAGACAUGUUUCUGGUUGAAACAGUUGUUGACAUCUACCUGAAGGGAUCCAGUGGACACAUCAAGGAAAUUGUCGCAGAAAUGGAACAACUAGUUACGAAGACAGGCGACCCGGAAAAACAUACAAACGCUCUUCGAGAUAAUUGCAAAAAAGCAGUUGAAAAAAUCACAAAGCUAACGAAAAGGAAAGAAUUGAAACCACAACCUCCCAACAAACCGCAACUAACUGAAAAGGGCACUUAGUUAGAGGCGUUAGGAGGAGUAAGUUCUAAAAUAAAAAAUUUCCAAAAUACUUUUAUAUUCAACAAAUUAAAAUGUAUAAUCGUAGUAUAGUAUGUAGUUACACUGGGUUGAUAAAAUACACAAACGAAUUUAAUAAACGAUUUGUUUCUGAUGA